AACAACCACAACCAGCAGGGUCCGUACAAUGGAAGACAGCGCCCCUCUGUAUUAGCUUCUCCUCACGUUUUGGCCUUUUAACGUGAACCGUUUUUUUUUUUUUUUAACUAACGUGGAAGUUUGCUGCCCCGGUGAGAGAGAGCGGUUUAACGGUGCUUUGUUCAGUAACAUGGAGGAACUCUUCAGUAAAGUGCUGCAAGUGAACGUCAGGUGCAGAGACUGUGAGGAAAGGAAAGCAAAUAUUCGUGUCACUAUUGAGCUUCAGUUGACCACAAGUCCAGUGCACAGGAGGGAUCUUCUAGUGAGACUAACAGAUGAUCUGGAUCCGUAUUUUCUCUUCAACCUCUCUAUAUCAGAGGAAGAUUUCCAAAGUUUGAAAGUCCAGCAGGGGCUGCUGAUCGACUUUGCAUCGUUUCCUCAGAAGUUCAUUGACCUGCUUAAUCUGUGCUACUCUGAGCAGGAGUCAGACAAUCCAAGGUUUCUCCUGCACCUGUCAUGUCCAUCUCCAGCGCUCGAAGGCCCCGCGAACUUCAGCGUUGUAGAGACAAAUGCAUUCAAACACCUGAAUCACUUGUCUUUACGGCUCGCUCAAGGCUCGGACAAGGAGGUCAAAGACUAUCUGGCAGUGUGUCUCUCAUCUCUGAAGGCAGAGAAACAGACCCUAGAGAUGAAGCUGAAGAAGACUGAGGAUGAUCUGUCCAGGCAGCUGAGUUAUGCUCAACAGACUCUGUCUGAGAAGACCAAAGAGUUGGACAAACUGCGCUCAGAGUGGACCAGUCAAAGCAGCUCUCUGUCCAGCCGCCAUUGUCAGGAGUUACAGGUAGAGAGAGAGAAGGCUCUGGAGCUGCAGAGCAAGCUUCAGCAGCAGAAUGAGCAGCUCCGUCAGGACCUGGAGAGCGCUCACAAGAAGAGCAGCCAGCAGCUUCACAGCAGACUGACAGAGCUGGAGGCCUCCUGCAGAGAGCUGACAGAGAGGAAAUACAAGAACGAGUCCGUCAUCAGAGACCUGAAGAUUAAACUAGUGAGCGCAGAGGAGGAGUGCCAGCGUUCGAAGCAGCAGGUCCUGUCCCUUAGGAAGGAGAAUAGCGCUUUGGACACAGAGGUCCAUGAGAAGGAGCGUUUGGCGAGCCAGCUGCAGAUGAGGGUGGCUGUUGUAGAACAGGAGAUCAAAGAUAAGGAUCAGCUGAUGCGUCGCACCAAAGAGGUGCUGGAAGCCACUCAGCAGCAGAAGGAAUCAGUGGAAGAAAACGCUGAAAGUAAAGAACUGCAGAUCAGAAAACUUGAAGCGACGGUGAAAUCACUUUCUGAAGAGCUGAUAAAGGCUAAUGGAAUCAUUAAAAAGCUGCAGGGGGAGGUCCGAGGCCUGGUUGGAAAAAUAAAAGUGAAAAACACGGUGACUGUGUCACAGGAGAAGGUCCUCCAGGAGACGUCAGAAAAACUUCAGAAUGUUGAGAAGGAUCUACAGAGCGCCCAGCAGCAGCUCGUCACCAAGGACGAGCAGGUUACCAAACUGAAGGAGCAGUGGGAAAUGACAGUACAGAAGCUAAAUGAAAGCAAAGAAGUAUUAAAAACAAAUGAGAACGUGAUAAGUUGGCUGAACAAGCAGCUAAAUGAGAAGCAGCUGUCCAGAAAUCCACAGUCCUCUGAGCCUUUGGAGAAUCCUUCAGUUUUAUCCACAACACCUGGACUAAAGGCACAGUUUUACCCUCAGACAGGAAAACCUGCUGUAACUCUGGGGACAGCUGCUGCUGAACAGAGAGCCGUGCAGCCAGCCAACAGACAGAUGGGAGACUACGCAGGUCUGGACUCUAAGUACUUUGAGAGGAGAGAUGAUAGCAUCCCAAUCUACGGCCUGUCGUCUAAUUUGCUUCACAGAGAGCUCCCGCAGAGAACGAAGCCUCCUGUAGCUUCUGCUUACUUCUCUGCGUGAAACAUUUCAGCUUCAGGUGGAAGUAAAACAGACAUUAAAACCUCACCAUCUGCUUUGUCUUCAGCUCUUGUACAAAACUAUUACUGUCACUGUGCUGUAUAAAUGUGUUUUUUAACCAGCUAUUGUUGCUAUUUUAAUUUAUAUGCUAAUGGUCUACGUGUGUGUGUGUGUCUUCUGAUUUGAAACUCUGUGGUGGAUUCCACUGAUCAUUGAAAAUGUAUAGAUGUCUUCUGUUUUUCCUCAUACACUAAACUGUUUGCCUUUUUUUUUCCUGUUGUGUUCCUGUUAUGUAAUCUUUAAUAAACAUCUUUCUAUCCUUAGUGUUCAGUAACUUCAAAGUCUCGAUUUAAGCCCCCAUCAGAUGCAAAACAUGUAA